AUGCUCCGACAACGUCUUCCAGUAUUAACAACUAAACGAUUCAAUGGAAACUUUGUUAAGGCUGCAGGAUUCGACGAGAAAACUAAAGAAGCCGAGUUUGGGUCAAGAAAGUUGCUGAUUCAGGACGAAAAGAAUUUAUUGACUUACGAUGGCUUAAAUCAGCGUGUCGGCCAGUAUGCUAACUUGCUUAGUACUAAGUAUGGACUUACUGUGAGUUUUUAACUUUUAACUUUGUUUUUUAGUUACAAUAGAUGAUCAUUAAGGUGGUGUCAUAGUUACAAUAGAUGAACAAAUAAGGUGGUGUAAUAGACAAAUAAAUCAGGUUUACAAAAAACCGUUUCUUUACGUGUGUUUCUUAAUGGUACUGAUUUAGAAAGGUGACCGACUUUUAUCAAGAACAAGUAAGACUACCGAUACCGUGGCUUUAUAUUUGGCUACAUUGCGUAUUGGAGCUAUCUACAUUCCUUUGAAUCCUGACUACACGACGAAAGAAACAAAUCACUUUGUAAAUGUAAGUUAAUAUUUUUUAUUUCAAUUUGCAAGGUUCAUUAAUUUCUUUGUUUAGGAUGGAGAGCCUAAAGUGUUGGUAUCAUGUGAAGCUGAGAACGACAAAGUUUUUGAAGAGAAGGGAGCUAAAGUUGUUGACGAAAAAGAGUUGGGAAGACAAGCAAAUUCUGUUAAGCCAGCUUUAGAAGUGGAGAAUGUUAGUCCGGAUGAUGUGGCCACUAUUUUGUACACUAGUGGAACUACUGGUACGUUUCCUAUGUUUGUAUGUGUAUUUCAUUCCUUGAUAUUUUUAGGUCUUCCUAAGGGUGCAAUGUUAACUCACAGAUGUUUGCAAGCUAAUGGUGAAGCGUUGGCGGAUUUGUGGAGAUUUACUAAAGGUGAUGUAUUAUUACAUCAACUUCCAUUUUAUCAUAUUCACGGCAUGUGUAUCACUUUUAGUACCACUCUUAUGAGCAAAUCGUCGACAAUCUUCAGGCCUAAGUUUGACGUUGAUGAUGCAUGUCAUUACAUGCCAAAAUCUAGUAUUUAUGUUGGUGUGCCUACUUAUUAUACGUAAGUGUCCUUUUAUUAUUAUACUUGUUAGGGGAGAUACAAUAAAUAAAAUUUUUUAUUAAAUUUCAAACAUUUUUAGACGUUUGAUGGCUGACACAAAGAAAUUUAACAAAGAAGUGUUUAAAAAUGUCAGAGUAUUCAUAGCUGGAUCAGCUCCGUUAACUCCAGCUACUUGGGAAGGCUUUAAGCAACACACUGGACAUCCGAUAUUGGAACGUUAUGGAAUGAGUGAAAGUAAGUUUUAAUAUAAAGUUCUUUAACGGUUUUUUAUACAUUUAGCUUUGGCUUCAAUCUCCAACCCAUACGAAGAGGACAAACGAAUCCCAGGUUCAGUGGGGGUACCAGUACCAGGAAUGUCGGUGAGAUUAGGCAAAAACGAUGUCAUUGAAGUGAAGGGACCUUCUGUCUUCAAAGGUUACUGGAAAUUGCCUGAGAAAACGAAGAGUGAAUUCACAGAAGAUGGAUACUUUAUGACUGGUGAUGUUGGUCAAAUUGACGAAAACGGCUACUACAAGAUCAUGGCCAGAGAAAAGGACAUGGUAAUUUCAGGAGGGUUCAACGUGUAUCCAAAAGAACUGGAAGACACGAUUGAUACGUUGGAGUUGGUCAAAGAAGCCGCCAUUAUUGGAGUCCCUCAUCCCGACUUUGGGGAAGGUGUGGUAGCUGUAUGUAGGGCGUUACCGGGCACUAACAACGAUGAAACCGCAAAGAAAUUGAAGGCUGAAUUGAAGACAAAGUUGGCCAAUUACAAGAGGCCAAAGAAGUAUGUGUUCGUUGAUGAUUAUCCUCGGAAUUUCAUUGGAAAAGUACAAAAGAACAAGUUGAGGGAACAGUACAAGGAUUUGUUUGCUUGA